CAGGACAUGGCAGCCCCCAUGACCAUGGCAACCAGCCUCUUGCUCAUGGCGCUGUGCACCUACUGCAUUGUCCCUGCAGGCUCCAUGAUCAUCCCCCCUUCCUGCUGCAUAGCCUUCAUUUCCAAGAAAAUUCCUGAGAGACGAGUAAUAAACUACCAGCUGUCCAACAGGAGUGUCUGCCCCAAGGCAGGAGUGAUCUUCACCACCAGGAAGGGCCAGAGGUUCUGUGGCAAUCCCAAGUUGCUGUGGGUCCAGAGGUACAUGAAGAGCUUGGAUGCCAAGCAGAAGAAAGCCUCCACUAGGACCAGAGUGAUGGGUGCCAAAGUCGCUGUCCAGAGGCACCCUGCCAACAGUACCUUCAUUUAACCCCUGCCUGGCCCCUAGCCCUGAGCUUGGGCCUGGGUCUCGCCUCCUAAAAGGCUGCUUGGGGCCUGGUGAGCCAGCGGUGAUAGGCAAAGGGCUAAUGGUCUUGUUUCUUAGCAUCAUUCUCAGGGGAUGUGUCUAAUCUAUUUUAAAAACCCAAGGAAGGGGAGGCCUGCUCCUGGGGGCUGAAUGAGGGCUCCAAGCAUCCCGGGCCUCUUGCCUUUCCUGACCUGGGGGAGAAGGUCCCAGAAGGAGGGCCAUGGCGGUCCUUUGUCCUCACCCUGAGCUGGAGCUGGCACUUCUCUGACUUCUGGGUUCCAU